UAUGAGUACAACUUAGUUGUGCAUUAAUGAGUGCAAUAUGCUUGCUUUAUUUACUCCUAUAGACCGUCAUUUCCACUCGAUUUACUUGUGUUAUGACCAGCGUUACCUUUAGAUCUUUGACCUGGUGAUCAGUAUGGUUUUGGCCACCAAAAAGAGGCAUUCAAACCGGUCCACACCGCAUAGCUGCAUGCCUCUGUCCAAAUGAAAGUUUUACUGUGUGAACAGUGAAUGUCAGUAGAGUGGCACAGACAGGGGUCUAUUUUAGUGAGACGUUCCCAUGUGUGCUGAAACUAUAAAUCUACGGAUUUUCUUCUUCUCUCGCUCAGCCAGUUAACCCGCACUCCCGUCUUUUCUUCUUCUAGCAGAUUUUCAUAGAACUACAGAAGGAUGUCUGACGCCCCCCAAUCAAAGCCCAAGCCCAAGAUCACUUCAGCUCGUCGGCUUGGCUUGAAGAUAAGGCUGCUGAAUACAGCCCUGGAAAUGCUGAUAGUAGAGAAGCAGGAUAAAGAGAAGGAGAGGGAGCAAGUGCUCAGUGAAAGAGUUCCUCCGCUCAAAUUGUCAGGCCUGUCUGCCCAGGAAUUACAGCAACUUUGUAAGGAUUUGCAUCACAAGAUUGACGUGAUUGAUGAGGAACGCUAUGACGUUGGUAUUAAAGUGGCCAAAAAUGACAAAGAGAUACAGGAAAUGAAUCAGAAAGUCUAUGAGAUGAAGAGCAAGCUGAAGAGGCCUAACCUGAAGAGAGUCAAACUGUCGGCUGAGCAAAUGCUGAGCGUCCUUCUAGGCUCCAAACACACACAGUCCAUUGACUUCAAAGCUAACCUGAAGACAGUGAAAAAAGAAGAGGAGAAGAAAGAGGAGGUGACUGACUGGCGUAAAAACGUAGAGGCAAUGUCUGGAAUGGAGGGCAGGAAGAAACUGUUUGAUGCUGGACAGUGAAAGCUGCAGUUCUUCUUUUGCCCUACCGAUGGCAGCCUACAACAACAUAUCAGAAAGAAGAAGAAACACAUAUCAUCCAUCACUUCCUUUGUGUUCAAGGCCCCUUAUUAAUGAUUGUGAAAAUGUUUUCAGAUCCGAAUUAAUUAGGUUUGAUGUAAAUAUAGUUAAAAAUAUAUAUUCCAACGUAAUGUCUUCGCAGAUGUUUUAAAUGUCCUUUUUUUAUUAGAAUGAUUAUAAUAAUUUUUUUCUUGUAAAGAUAUUAGAUAUGUGGAAAUAAUAUUGUUUUCCCCCCAAGAUAUGCAGCAUAACCAAUAAAAACA